UGCAAUCUGGCCAAACAUGCUCUCCCUCGAUUCAGAGUAUCUUUCACCGCAACGCUAAAGAAUGGGGCCCAGUGCUGUCACAGCAGAAGGCUUUAUACGCCCUGAGAGAGGCGGAUGUGGCAUUUGCGGAAGAGAGACCAGUCGCCGCUGUCAGGCCUGCAGCCUGGAUUGGUUCUGCAGUCAAGAGUGUCAAGAUCAAAUGUCAUUUAAUCAUCUCACCUUGUGUUCGGCCCGCUCGAUAACAACAGCUGACAAACUCUGGCAUUAUGCUGUUGGGGAUCGAAUUCCUCAAGACUCAGAGACGCGUGAGCAUUUUGGAUUCACUCGGUGCCGUGGCUGGAGAGAUGAGAGUCAGCUCCUUGGCCUUUACCAAGGCCUUAUACGUGUUCUGGGUAUUCAGGCUAUCCAGCUUAACGAAUGGCGCGAGAGAGAUAUCCUCGUAAGCAAAAUUAUAGAGGCAUUUUCUGAAUUAGCUGAGAAUGACCGUGAAACCUACUUCUCGUGGUUCCUUCGAAACCAGCACAUCCUUAAUAACUUAACUUCACCUCUUCAACCCACUGACUGGCAGAUUAGUAGUCAGUUUGAUGAAGACUGGCGAAGACUGGAGGUGGCCGAAAACUGGCGAACACUGGCUACUGUAGUUUUUGCCUUUUUCUUCUACUUUCUUCUUUAUAUUGUGGUUUUCCGUAUUGGUAUAAAUGCGAUUGCGAACUUGAUAUGGGGUCUCCUGGAUUUUUGUUUAAAUUCGAACUUGGUAUGGGGUCUGCUGGAUCUCGGUUUAUUUUAUUAUUGUAUGUUUAUUAUGUGAAACUAGGGUCCUCUCAAUCAUCUACGUAACCUUUUAUUGAUAAAUGGCUAUUUAUUGAAGCGUGUGGGAUUGACAUGUCACUCUUGGUCUUUGGAGUUGGUAUAUUUAAGAUCGAU